GGCGGAGUCUCAUUGCUGUUAUUUGUAAAAGCUUUUGAUGGAUGAUUGCUUGACGCGGUUGUGUGUGUAUAGAGGGAGUGAGGGAGUCCCCCCCCCCCCCCUCCCUAAGUGGCUGGCGUCUGCGCGCACAAUGACUCAAUGAGGGGAAGCCGAAGCAAGGAGGAAGAAGAACAUUCUGCACGGAGCGCUCCAACCCAAGCAACACCUCCCGCAUCCUCGGUGUCUGCUUCUGGUUGUCCUGCCCCUACCUGGGGGGUCCAAGCUCAACUCCUUCCUUGUGCGUCCACUUUCCCCGAGAGGAAGCGGCGCUCCUGCCAUCUCUAAGCAGGAUGCCUGCCGGGACGAGCGGCGACGCCGAGAGGUCAAGGGGAUGCGGGCGGGCGUCCCUCUUGCUUCUGCUGCCGCUGGUGAUGGCGGCGGGCGGCGCGCGGGCGUGCCCGGCCCCUUGCAGCUGCCUGGGGAGCACGGUGGACUGCCACGGCCUCGGGAUCCACGCCGUGCCCAGAAACAUUCCCAGGGGAGCGGAAAGACUGGAUUUGAAUGGGAACAACCUGACCGUCAUCACCAAGUCGGACUUUUCCGGCCUGAAGCAUCUGCGAGUGCUUCACCUCAUGGAAAACCAAAUACGAGAGGUGGAGCGAGGCGCUUUGGAUGAGCUGAAGGAUCUGGAACGACUUCGUCUCAACAGAAAUCGUCUGACACAAAUUCCCGAACUUCUGUUCCAGAAGAAUGAAGCGUUAACACGACUCGACCUCAGUGAAAACGCCAUCCAGGCCGUUCCCAGGAGAGCCUUCCGAGGAGCCGCGGACCUCAAAAAUCUCCAGCUGGACAAGAACCGCAUCAGCUGCAUCGAGGAGGGAGCAUUCAGAGCUUUGCGAUCCCUGGAAGUACUGACGCUGAACAACAACAACAUCAGCAGCAUUCCCGUCUCCAGUUUCAACCACAUGCCCAAACUUCGCACUUUUCGCCUUCACUCCAACUCUCUGCGUUGCGACUGUCACCUGGCCUGGCUCUCUCCAUGGCUGCGCCAGCGUCCCGCUUUGGGCCUUUACACCCAGUGCAGCGCCCCGCCCGCCCUCAGGGGGCUCAACCUGGCCGAGCUGCGAAGGAACGACUUAGCCUGCUCAGGCCACGGCGGCAGCGCCUUCGUGCAGCCAUGCAGCCUGGCGUCCGGCUCGUGUCCGCCCAUGUGCUCGUGCAGCAACAACAUCGUGGACUGCCGGGGACGAGGCCUCACCGCUAUUCCCGCGCACCUCCCCGAGGCCAUGACGGAGAUUCGUCUGGAGCAGAAUGGCAUCAAGUCUGUUCCUCCGGGUGCCUUCACCUCCUACAAGAAGCUUCGUCGAAUAGACCUGAGUAACAACCAAAUAUCGGAGAUUGCUCCGGAUGCCUUUCACGGACUGAAAGCCCUCAACUCCUUGGUUUUAUACGGCAACAAGAUCACUGAGCUCCCCGUCGGCGUGUUUGACGGCCUGGCCUCACUGGAGCUGCUGUUGCUCAACGCCAACAAGAUCCACUGCGUGCGUGCGUCGGCCUUCAAGGGUCUGGAGAGCUUGGCGCUGCUGUCGCUGUAUGACAACAAGAUCCAAAGUUUGGCCAAAGGAACCUUUGGCUCGCUGCACGGCAUCCAGACACUCCACCUGGCGCAGAACCCCUUCGUGUGCGAUUGCAACGUCAAGUGGCUGGCCGACUUCCUUCGCGCCAACCCCAUCGAGACCAGCGGCGCCCGCUGCGCCAGCCCGCGACGCCUCGCCAACAAACGCAUCGCCCAGAUUAAAAGCAGCAAGUUCCGAUGCUCCGCCAAGGAGCAGUACCACAUCCCAGGGGCAGAGGACCGCCGGCUGAGUUCCGGGUGCAACAGCAAGCCGUCGUGUCCGAGCAAGUGUCGCUGCGAGGCCAACGUGGUGGACUGCUCCAACCUGAAACUCACCAAGUUCCCCCAACACCUCCCCCCCACCACCGAGGAACUGCGCCUCAACAACAAUGACCUCUCCCUGCUGGAGGCCACGAGUGCCUUCAAGGGCCUCUCGCAGCUCAGGAAAAUAAACCUGAGCAACAACAAAAUCUCCGAGAUCGAGGACGGCGCGUUCGAGGGCGCCUCCGCCGUGUUCGAGCUGCACCUGACCGCCAACCACCUGCAGGUGGUGCGCGGUGGCAUGUUCAGAGGGAUGGAAUCGCUACGCAUGCUGAUGUUGAGGAACAACAAGAUCAGCUGCCUGCACAAUGGCAGCUUCACGGGCCUCGGCAACGUUCGUCUGCUGUCGCUCUACGACAACCAGCUGAGCGUCAUCCUGCCCGGAACCUUUGAGGCGCUUCCCAACCUCUCGACGCUGAACCUACUGGCCAACCCGUUCAACUGCGACUGCCGUCUGUCCUGGUUGGGCGCCUGGCUGAGGAGCCGGCGCAUCGUGACGGGAAACCCUCGCUGCCAAGGGCCCGCUUUCCUCCGUGAGAUCCCGCUGCAGGACGUGGCGGCGCCCGACUUCCGCUGCGAGGACGGCUCUCCGGCAGAGUCCACCGGCUGCUCAUUGGGCCCCCAGUGUCCCAGCGGUUGCACAUGCAUGGACACAGUGGUGCGCUGCAGCAACAAGCAUCUGCAGGCGCUGCCCAGAGGACUUCCUCCAAACCUCACCGAACUGUAUCUGGACGGGAACCAGUUCACACGAGUCCCCAGCCAGCUCGGCAACUUUAAGAACCUGCAGCUAAUAGAUUUGAGCAACAACAAAAUCAGCUCCCUGGCCGAUGAUUCGUUCGCCAACAUGAGCCAACUCACCACCCUGAUCCUGAGUUAUAACUCUUUACGUUGUAUCCCUCCUCUGGCACUGGCUGGCUUGGGAUCACUGAGGCUCCUGUCUCUGCACGGCAACGACAUCUCUGAGCUGCAGCAUGGAAUCUUCAACGACGUCACGUCGCUCUCGCACCUCGCCAUCGGCGCUAACCCGCUGUACUGCGACUGCCGCCUGCUGUGGCUGUCGGAGUGGCUGAAGAGCGGCUACAAGGAGCCCGGCAUCGCGCGCUGCAGCGGACCGCCCCCCAUGGAAGGCAAACUGCUGCUCACCACGCCCCCCGAACGCUUCCUCUGCCAGGGUCCAGUUGAGGCCAGCGUGAUGGCCAAGUGCAACCCGUGCGCGUCGUCGCCUUGCCACAAUCGAGGCCUGUGCCAGGGGAGCCACUCGCACUCGCAGCCGUACACGUGCACCUGCAAUGAUGGAUUCACGGGCCAACAUUGCGAGACUCCAGUGGACGCCUGCGUUAGUAAUCCUUGCAUCAACGGGGGCACUUGUCUCAGCGACGAGCAGACAAGCGGCUUCAGUUGUGCGUGCGCACUGGGCUUCCACGGCGUCUACUGCGAGGUCAACGCCGACGAUUGCCAGGACCACGGCUGCGAGAGCGGCGCCACCUGCGUGGACGGCGUGGGCAACUACACUUGCCUGUGCCCCCCCGGACGAGACGGUCUGUUUUGCCAGGAAGAGCAGGACGUCUGCGCGCCCCCCCGCAACCCCUGCAAGCAUCAGGCCACCUGCGUCAGCACACCCGCCGGACACAGGUGCGUGUGCGUCCCCGGUUGGGUGGGCCCGGACUGCGGCCUGGACUACGACGAGUGUGCGGACCACCGCUGUCGGAAUGGGGCGCAGUGCGUGGACCACCUGGAUGGAUACACCUGCACGUGCCCGCAAGGAUACACGGGCGAUUUUUGCGAGGUGGCGUCGCCCUGCCAGCUGGCCGGUUGCCAGAACGGCGCCUCCUGCCUGGAGAAGGCGGGGGCGGCGCAGUGCCAGUGCCCGGCGGGCUUUGAGGGUCCCGCCUGCGAGAAGCUGGUCGGCGUCAACUUUGUCAACGGGGACGCUUACGUCCAACUGCACGACGUCAUGGACCUCCCCCGAGCCAACAUCAGCAUGCAGGUGUCCACAGGAGAUGAAAACGGCAUUUUGUUGUUUAACGGCGAUAAGGAACCCAUCGCUGUGGAGCUUCAUCAAGGUCGCGUCAGGGUCACUUACGACCCCGGCAACCAGCCCGCCACCGCCAUCUACAGCUCCGAGACGGUGAACGACGGACUUUUCCACACGGUGGAGCUGCUGACCUUCGAGCGGACGCUCAACCUGUCGGUGGACGGAGGUCGAGCGGCCACGCUGGACGGGCGCCCACGUCGGCAGGCCGCCAGGAUGGACGCGCCGCUCUACGUGGGAGGCCUUCCCGAGGAGGCGCUUCCGGCCUCGCUGUCGUUGUCCUCCCGCGCCGUCAACGUGUCGGGUUUCCACGGCUGCAUCCGGAACCUUUACAUCAACCGCGAGCUUCAGGACUUCACGCGCGGGCACAUGCAGGCGGGCGUGCUGCCCGGCUGCCGCGCUUGCCGGCGGCUCCUCUGCGUGCACGGCCUCUGCCGGCCAGAAGGGGGCGCACAGGGAGUGCAGUGCGUGUGCCAAUCGGGGUGGGCGGGGCCACACUGUGACCAGCCAAUCACAGAAGGGCUGGACAAAGGAGGGGGCGCCGUCAACGCCACCGGAGCUACCGAACCGCGAGGUUUAGCGUGUUUGGGCGUUCCCGUGCGCGAUUACCAGCGCCUCCAGCGGGGGGCAAUAUUGUGCCAGACCUCCAAGACCUUCUCCUGGGUGGAGUGCCAGGGCCGCUGCCAGCCGGAGGGGGUCUCGCCGGGGGCCCCCGGCCCCCCUUCCUGCUGCGCUCCCCUCAGGCUGCGGCGAAGGCGGAUCAGCUUCCUGUGCGACGACGGAACGUCCGUGACGCAAGACGUGGAGAAGCCGCUCGAGUGCGGUUGCAAAAUGUGUGCGUAGUACACACACACACACACACACACCGACCGUAACUCUCGUCUUUUGAGUUACAAAAACAUGUUCAUGGAAGAUUCUGUGCUCCAGAAAAGAACGUGCGUGAAUUCCAUGUCUUCUAAAUUAAUGAAAGCACGUCCAUGUUUGUUUAUUUUUUUCUUCUUUUUUUUUUUGUACAAACCUCAUUGAACUGUCUUUGAUUGAUGUCUUCCGAAAAACAAAUACAUUCCCAUAUGUUCA